AUGAGACUACUAGCACGAUCAAUUGGUCGGCCGCGGAUAUCUCCAAGUCGCUGUGGAAUAGCGACCGCUUCUGGCAGGCGUCAUCUGACCAACAAUGGCUUCUUCCGUGUCUCGGAGGAGGUGCGGGAAGCAUUGAACUCGAACAAGCCCGUCGUCGCGCUCGAGACGACAAUCUACACUCAUGGUUUCCCUUACCCGGAAAACGUCGCCCUCGCAUCCCUCCUCGAAAGCGUAGUCCGAACAAAUGGCGGCAUUCCAGCUACCAUUGGCAUCCUGGACGGUGUAGCACGUGUAGGAAUGGCUCCAGAGGAGCUGAUACGACUAGCUUCUUCUGCUGGCAAGUCAAGCACAAUGAAGCUCUCGCGACGAGACCUCGGCUAUGUGUGUGGUAUGCGAUUGACCGACAAGUCCUUCAACGGAGGCACGACCAUCUCAGGCACUAUGCUGCUGGCCCAUCUUGCUGGAAUCAAGAUCUUUGGAACAGGCGGCCUUGGUGGAGUCCACCGGGGUGCAGAGUCGAGCAUGGACAUCUCUGCCGAUUUGACGGAGCUUGGGAGGACCCCAGUGACCGUCAUCUCCAGUGGCUGCAAGAGCUUCCUCGACAUACCGCGAACCAUCGAGUACCUUGAGACUGAAGGUGUGGGUGUAGGCACCUUCGCUGAUGGUCGCCAAGGGAAUGUAGACUUCCCUGCCUUCUGGUCAAGAGAUAGUGGAGUCAAGAGCCCGACAACCAUUGCGGAUGAGGUUGAGGCGGCUGCUGUUAUAUACGCGCAACACGCGCUCCAAAUCUCGUCUGGUCUCCUCUUCGCCAACCCCGUUCCUACCGAUUUUGCUAUACCCAAGGAUGAGAUGGAUGUCAUCAUUGCCGAGGCUCUAAAACAGGCUGAAGCGUCCAACAUCUCUGGCAAGGACAACACGCCGUUUGUACUUGCCAAGAUCAAGGAGCUCAGCAAGGGCAAGAGCAUACCCGCCAACAGAGCCCUCAUAGAAUCCAACGUGAAGCGGGCGACCAUCGUAGCACGGGAACUUGCCAUCCUCGAGGCGAAACAGGAAGAAGCCCAAGGACGGAAUUCCUCUUACUUCACUCCCGUUCCGUCCAGCCCUCCGUCUACUGCAGAUGAGCAGCUGCGCAAUGCAACCUCAUCGCCUUCUGGGCCUCCUUCAACUCCUACUACGUCAUUCUCAUCUAGCACCGAGCCUCAAAAAGACCCCGAUGUCGUUGUCGCAGGUGCUCUUGCGGUUGACUUUUCUUGUGAUUAUGCUCCGUUCAAAGCUUCUGCUGGCCAGACAGAUCCACUACCUCACACUUCGAAUCCAGCUGUCAUUACUCAAACACUUGGAGGUGUUGCACACAAUAUUGCUAAAGCAUCCCAUCUACUCGGCUCGUUCGUUCAUCUGCAUAGUGCUGUGGGUGAGGACUUGAGUGGUCGCGCAGCGAUUAGCCAAUUGCAGCAGGAAGGUAUGCCAGUUUCCGGUAUUAAGACGCUCCCCGCACCCUCUAGAACAGCACAAUAUGUCGCCAUCAACAAUACCAACAAAGAUCUUGCACUCGCCAUGGCAGAUAUGUCGAUCCUAGAGACGAUCCCCGAUGAAACUAUCCAGCAACUAGCCACCAGUAUCUUCGGCAACACUUCAGCUCGACCUAAAGCCUUUGUUGCAGACGCCAACUGGUCCUCAUCCGCCCUGCAUACCUGGCUCCAAGCCGCUCGUCAUGCAGAUACCACCACUAUCUUCGAACCAGUCUCCACAGCCAAGGCGCUACGCAUCUUCCCAUCCACCGCUCCUUCAUCAGUCUACCCCAAACCUCUUGUAGACAUCAUCACACCCAACACCUACGAACUGACCGCCCUCCAUGAUUUCGCUAAUCAAUCUUCCCUCUUCGAGUCAGCCGAGUGGUUCAGCGUCAUCGACGCGCUGGGCAUUCCCAACGGUGGCUUAAGAGUCCCAUUAGCCGUCACCGUGGGUGGCGACCUAGUGGACCAAGGCAUUCCCCAACAAGCCAUCAAACUCCUCCCUUUCUUUCCCACAAUGUUAACGAAGCUUGGACCUCAAGGUGUGCUCAUGACGAAACUCCUAGCCGCUGAUGCAAAGGAACUGAGAGAUGACCAUGAGCGGCAGUAUGUGCUUGCAAGGAACAUGUCUGCUGAUGACGCGGCCACGGUUGGUGGUCUUUACGUGAGAUUGUUCCCAGUGGAGAAAGUACUAGAGCCACAUGAGGUGGUCAGUGUGAAUGGCAUCGGAGAUACCUUUUGUGGUGCGUUGGCGUAUGGGUUGAGUCGAGGUGGAAAAGUGCAAGAUAUCGUGGGAUUUGCGCAGAGGGCCGCGGGGGAGAGUUUGAAGAGUAGGGAGGCUGUUAGUCCAGCGCUGAAGGGAUUAAAGAUGUAG